CUGCCCCAGAUAUGGCAACAGUAUUCCAUACAAGGCCAGAUUUGAGAUUUAUAGAGAUAGAGAAUAGAAUCCAGAGUAAGAAAGUGUCGAGCUCGAUAAAGAUUUGCAACCAAUGUUUUGUUGAAAUUCCUAGUUUAAGAAGACGCAAAUGUAAAACCAGACACAAGUAUCAAAUUUACAUAUAGAAACUUCUAAAAACGCUGUAAUGAAGAACAUUGAUGAAAAAUUUGCAGCAAAUGUUCUUCAAGAGAAAUUUGCCUCACAAAAUAAGAUUAUCUUAGCAACAUGCGGAACACCAUUGAUAAUUUCUAAAGGUAGUAUCCAUCGUGUUAAUCCUGUGUGGACACAUAAUGAUAUGAAAAAUCUGAAAAUUCACAGACAAUUCACUGGAAGAGAUAUUAGCAACAUUGCUAAAUGCAUACGCGUAAAACACGGUCGAAAAUCUAUCGAAUCAAAUCUUACUAAAUACUUACAAGAAUCAAAUAAAUGUUUACAAGAAUUCUUUGAAACAAUCGAUCUUGAAGUUUUUGAUUCCCAAGAAAAAUCUUUAAGGUAUUAUUUUUCACUAUAUAAUGCUAUAAAAUAAU